UUUGAAAAUCACGAUCAUGGAAAAAGAAAAUAUGCAACCUCAGUUGCUUGUAUUGUUAAACGAAGAUGUUAAUUCCUAUUUAAGAGACAAUUAUUUAACUUCAAAUAUGAUUUCUGCUGAGGGUGAUCGUGGUGAUGACAGAUUUGAACAUUUAUUAUUAAGACUAGGCUGUCCACCUCUGUUUACAACAUUACGUAUCAAUACACUUAUUCAUGAGACAAGCACAGUCAUUACUUCCCUUAGAAAGGAAAUAGAAAAGAAUUACAGAUUACGAGGAUUAGACAUGCCAGAUAUAUCCCUCCAUCCUGUUCUUCAUGAUAUAAUAGUUAUAAAAAACAAUGGACCAGUGCACAGAGAAAAGGUUAAGAAAGAAGUGAUUGUAGAUUUACUAUGUGGUAUGGCUGUGCUGAGAGGAGCUGAUGUGUUUGUACAGGGUAUAUUAGGAUGCCCCUCAGGUACCAGAGCAGAAGACAGAGUAUCAGUGUUUGCUGAUUUAGAUGGUAAAUGUUUACGAGGACUAACUAAACCAUAUGAAGGACAGAAAUUAUUUGUUGGUAAUGGAAUUGUGAAAUAUUCAAGAGAAGAAGUUUACUGCAAUGAACAACCACUUAGUGGUAUAGGUGUGUUAAUGACAGAACCACUGUAUGAAGCCCCUAGUUUAAGUGGAACAUGUGUCAAUAUGAUAUUUCCUCAAAAUUUACCUUCAAUUGUAUGCAGUCAUAUACUUGAUCCACAACCAGGGGAGACAAUUCUUGACAUGUGUGCUGCUCCAGGUGGAAAAACAACUCAUUUAGCUGUGUUAAUGAAAAAUAAGGGGAGACUAGUGGCAAUAGAUAAAACUGUACAGAAAAUUGAAAAGAUACAGACACAUGCUAAAGAAUGGGAUAUAGAUAUGAUUGAGAUAUAUCCAUAUGAUUCCACAAAGAUGGUGGACAAGGAGGCAGAUACUUUUGGUGGACCUCCUUUUCCAAAAGAAACUUUUGAUAGGAUUUUAUUAGAUGGACCAUGUAGUGCAUUAGGACAGAGACCAUCUAUAAGAAAUAAAAUGUCAUUAAAUAGCUUAAAAUCUUAUUCUACCUAUCAGAGAAAAUUACUAAAAGCUGCAGAUCAGCUUUUAAAACCUGGUGGAACAUUGGUGUACAGUACAUGUACAUUUAACCAAGAAGAAAAUGAAAAACAAGUUGUUUGGGCAUUGAAGACAUUUCCUGAGUUAUCUCUAGAACCACAGGUACCACAUUUAGGACAGAUAGGACAAGUAUGUGAAGGUCUGACUGAUGACCAAAGACAAAAGCUUCAGUUUUAUGAUCCCGGUGCCUUUUCCUCACAGCUAUCUGUUGAUAAUGACACUAUAGGAUUUUUUAUUGCAAAAUUUAAGAAAAUAAAUAAAUGAAUUACAAAUUG